AUGUCAGCAAAGAUGGAAGCAGAAGACUUGAGGGAAAGGAACCUGAAGUUUUGCCUUCUGAUUCUGAACCAGCCUUUCAACAAUGGUCAUUUUCAUUGUCUGUGGAGCAGAGCUUCCCUGAGAGCUUGUGCUGAUGGAGGUGCCAAUCGUCUCUACCACAUGACAGAAGGGAGCCAGGAAAGCUUCUUGCCUGAUUACAUCAGUGGUGAUUUUGAUUCUAUUCAGCCUGAAGUCAAGGAGUACUACAAGGUCAAGGGAAGUGAGUUAAUUGAGACCAUGGAUCAGGACCUCACGGAUUUCACCAAGUGCCUUCAAAUACUCCAGAAAAAGAUAGAGAAGAAAGGCCUCCAGGUCGAUGUGAUUGUGGCUUUGGGUGGACUUGGAGGACGCUUUGACCAAACAAUGGCAUCGGUCGAAACACUUUUUCACGCAACAAAUAUCACUCCUUCUCCAGUGAUAGUUAUCCAGGAGUGCUCACUGAUUUACCUGCUUCAACCUGGCAAGCACAAGCUGCAUGUGGACACGGGAAUGGAGGGCUCCUGGUGUGGCCUCAUUCCCAUCGGGAACCCCUGCGAGAGUGUGACCACGACAGGCCUUAAGUGGAACCUCACUAACCAGGUGCUGAAGUUUGGAACACUUGUCAGUACUUCCAACACCUAUGACAACUCCGGGAUUGUGACCAUCGAGACAGACAAACCUUUGCUGUGGACAAUGGCUAUCAAGAGAUAA